UACUAGAGCAGUGGGCAAAUAGCAGUUAGUGGUUCGGCGGAUGAUCCUAAGUUAUUUAUUUCUCCAAUUUAAUAAUUCAGAAAGACGAAACAUAUAUCCGGCAGUUCACAUGCAGCUCUCAAAUUAUUUCAAAUAUAAUAACUGGAACAUGAUACUUACAGCGACACUUCGGUGAAAAAGUUAUAAUUCGUUUAAAUUAAGCGGUGUGGUUUGGACGGUGGAUGUGUGAGAACCGGUUUCGGAUCCGCGUGUUAAUCUGUCAGUAGCGUUAAAACCGUUGACCGGCAAUAUGCAGAGGGAUAAUUCAGCAGGCCUACUAGGCAAGGAAUCUUCGAAGCACACGAUGGCGGGCGGUGGCGUGACGGGCGCGCUGCUGUACGCAGUGAGUGCGGCCGUGCUCGGCAUGCUGCAGUUCGGUUUCAACACCGGCGUCAUCAACGCUCCCCGCCCCUUCAUAGAGAACUUCAUCAGCGAGCAGUACCAGGCCAGUCCCAGCUUAGUGUUCAGUAUCAUCGUCAGUAUCUUCGCCAUCGGCGGCAUGAUCGGAUGCCCCUUCGCAAGCUGGAUGUUAGAAAAGUACGGCCGUAAAAAUGCUCUUCUCGUCAACGCCACACUCGGUGUACUCGGUGCAAUAUUAAUGGGCUUCAGCAAACUCGCGGAUUCUGUGGAAAUGAUCAUCAUCGGCAGGUUUAUCAUUGGCAUAAAUUGUGGAUUUGCUACGACUGCUUCACCAACUUACGUAUCUGAGGUAGCACCGGUGAGACUGCGAGGCGCUUUCGGAACAGUCAACCAACUGGCGGUCGCAUUUGGAUUGGUCGGUGCUCAGAUCUUGGGUAUCGAUAUGAUACUAGGAAGUAAUGAAGGCUGGCCGUGGCUGCUUGGGCUCGCUAUAUUCCCAUCCGCCAUUCAGUUUGUGAUGGUUAUUUUUGCACCUGAGAGUCCUCGUUAUUUGCUGCUUGUCGCUCGUGAUGAGGAAAGAUCUAGAGCUGAGUUAGCUAAACUCAGAGGAACGAGUGAAAUUGACGAUGAGAUUAAUGACAUGCACGUAGAAGACCGCGCAGCCAGACAGGAAGAGAAGUUUACUAUUAAAGACUUGUUCGUCAUCAGGGCAUUGCGAAUGCCUCUUAUUAUUGGUGUUGUGAUGCACUUGUCUCAACAGUUGGGAGGUAUCAACGCUGUUCUCUAUUACUCGACAACGAUAUUCGUGGGUGCAGGACUUACGGAGGAAAAUGCUCGCUUGUCUUCAAUUGGUGUCGGCAGUAUGUUGUUCAUAAUGGCUCUAGUAUCGAUUCCCUUGAUGGACCGUCUGGGCAGGCGCACGCUGCAGCUGGGAGGGCUGGCAGGUAUGGCGGUGUUCUCAGUGCUUAUGACUGUAGCAUUCUUCACGUACGAGAAUAACACGACUAUGAGCAUAUUCGCCGUCAUAUUCACAUUCAUGUACGUGGCGUUCUUCGGCGUGGGUCCUAGUUCGAUCCCGUGGAUGUUGCUGUCAGAGUUGUUCGGACAGGGCGCUCGCAGUGCGGCGGUCAGCGUGGGUGCGUUUGUCAACUGGUUGGCUAACUUCAUAGUUGGGCUGACUUUCAUCCCCAUGUCGGAAGCGCUCGGCAACUACGUGUUCCUGCCUUACACUGUCCUGCUCAUCUUAUUCUUUAUCUUCACGUACCUGAAGCUGCCGGAGACAAAGAAUAGGACGAUUGAGGAGGUAACCGCUCUCUUUAAGAAGUAAUCCGGACUAGACUUAAGCGACAUUCCUUAGAAAUAAGAAUACUGAUUGCGUCACUGCAAUAAUUUAUACAGCAUUAUUGUGAUAGAACUGUAUAAAAUUCGAUUUAAUAGAAUAAUAUAGACGACAGCGAGUGUUAUCUAUGUCCUUUCUACCAGAUUUGUAUAAAAAUGGAAAGACUGAACACAACACUUAUAUUAAUUGGAGUCGUUUAAAGAUUCUUCAUACUUGAUAUACCUAUAGAUGAAGUACUUAUUUAACAAUAAAAUACUGUAUAAAUAAGGUGAUUAUUUCAAUUUAUGACAUAUUAUAAAACACUAUUUAAAAUCAUGAUAUUAUUAAAUAUUGUAGUGAAGUAUAGUAUAAAGAGUUCAUAAAUAUUCACUUAAGUAGCUAUUGUACGCAGGAGCAGUUCAAAUGAGAUAUCGUCAAGAACAACAUUUUAUUAUUAAUUUAUUGAUUAAUGUUUUGAUAUUGUUGUAUUUCCAAAGGUUUGAGGACCAAAUUGUUUAUUUCAUAUGAUUAAUUGUUGUUAAGAUAUUGUUUACAUUUACGUUUGUUUGGUGCGGGUGAAACCGAAUUUAGAUCGAUGCACUUUUUUAUAAGUAUUUUUGCGCUUUCUUAUAUUUUUUUCUACCUAUUCUAGUGCCUUAAAUUUUGUUUUACAGUAAAAUGGGGAUUAGAGCAUUUACUAAUGUACAAUGUAUUGUCUAUUCCUCCAUUGAUUUUAAAAGAGGUUGACAUUCAAUGGUACAUUGUUUGCAUGAGCACGGGAGCUCGUUAAAGUAUCAUAGACAAAGAGUUUUUCUAGACCAAGAGUUGUAACACCUCCUUGUAUUAGAGUAAAAUAAAAAAAUCUAUACUAUAUACCUCCCGUGUCGCCUCCUGUAAUUCACAAUUAUGUACUACAGGCCAUUACCUAGAUAUUAUAAAUAUAGUUCGACUCAUUAUCGUUCACAGCAAACCAUAUUUUUCCAUGAUAUUACUAUAUUAACGUGUUAGUGAAUUGUAUACAGUAUAAACAUUUACACUUUCUAUUAUAUUGUUAGGUACUUGCCGCUUCAGGCGAUUAGGGUGACCAUCUAAAAAAUCUUUGUGCACAUUCUUGAAUAUAGAAGCAAAUCGGAUUACCGUAAGAAUCCGUUAUGCAUGGACAAUGGAACAACAUCAACAUAAACGAUUAAUUAGUUUCAAAUUCGCCCUUAGAAAAUUUAAUUAGUUAAGGCUAAACAUGCGAUACCUCAAUAGUUGAUAAAGUUAAAAAUGCACUUCUUCUAGAAUAUAAAAAAGUAUUCUUAAAUAUAUUUUCUUCAUUUGGCUACGCCUUUCAUUCAACAACAAUAUAAUUUUUGAUUUGGACUUCGACACACAUUGUUUGUAUUAUAUUAUCCACGACCGUAAAUAGGAAAUUCCCAUGACUUGAUUUAAGAUAAAAAUAAUAAUACGAAAACGAUUUUUGUUUGUAAAACGACGUUAGUAAAACUACGCCUAGUUAACUAAUAGGUGCGUUUACCCUACUUGUAUUCUAAUUAGUACAAUUUACGUAAAUAUGUAAACUGUCAAGGGAAUGUUUAACACAACCGUCCCAUUGUACCUUAGUGCCAACUGUGUGUUUUAUUAGAAACUUCUUUCUUUUUAAUUAGGAAAAAAUACAGCUCAAUCUUUGUCAGUAUUUUCUUCUUAUUUUGUUUACCAUUUACCGUUAUUAUUACGAAGAAAAUCAACUGUCUAAUUUUUUUCUCGUUUGAGCUUGCAACAGAAAAAUAUUACAGACAUUAUGUACAGUCAACUGCAAAAAGUUGAUACUUUGUUGUAAUUCAAAUUAAACCAUAUUGCAUCUGCAUUUUUGCCGCCGUCUGUACAUGUUUAGCGAAGGUUAAUUUCGAAAUUUUAAAGUUUAAAUUAUACCAGGCAGCUUAGUGGUUAUGAAUGUCCUGGUUAAAGAAUACGAAAAGAGAACAAUCCAUUUAAUUCGUAAUUUUGUAUUAGAAUCAUGUUUUAAGAUUUUUUGUAUGUUUCUUUUUAUUAAAAUUUUAAUAUUUUAUGGUGCAGCUAUUGAUUCAACUUAAUGUUUUAUUGUUCAUUCAUGAUUUAUGUAAGUUUGGUUGUGUUUAUAUGUCACAUUGUGCUUGUUAUUUUAAAACCAAAAUUUCGUAACUAUUCAACAAAAAUAUACGAUUAAGUUUAAACUUUAUUACACAUCUGUUUUACAAACAUGUUAACACAGUUUCUGUAAAUACAAUCAUGCACAAUAACAAUAAUAGAUACUGUUUUACAAUAUUUUAUCAGAACAUGUAAAUAUUUUAUUUUCUACACUUUUAUUGUAAUUACGAUUUAACUUUAAAUAUACUAUUAUUGUUAGUAAGGUUUACUGCCCGGUCAAGAAGAAAAUAGUUAGGACCUUAUGGAGUUGUGUUAUUCGAAUUAAUUAGUUUUGAAUAGAACGUGUAAUUCAGUUCCAAAAUGUUGCAUCUUGUUGACUUCUAAGCCGGGCAGUUGGUAUUAUGUAGCCUAGUGAUACGACACAAUAUUGUACCUAAUUGAAUCAAAUUAUAAAAAGCAACAAAAAAUAAAACGAAUUUAAUUCGUCUGUUGAUAUUAAAUUAUUACUAUAUUAGCAAAAA